AUGAAGGAACCCAAAAACACUAAAGAGUUCACUCGCCCUCAAGCAAAAGUAACAGGCCAAACAUCAGAUGUUCCUUUAAAUGCCAAUCAUCUUAAAAUGAUUUUCCUAAUAAAGAUGAAGACUAUAGAAACCCUCAAUGCGUGUGACAAUACACCUAGUGAUAACAACUUUGACAAACUCUUCAGUGUAGAUACUAUUCCAACUAAACUCCUGAAUGAAACUAUUGCUGAAGUUGACCCGGAUGUCAUUUGUAAGAAUGUUGUGUGUGAUAUCAAAAAUAACAUGUCUGAGGUUGUGAUUGAAGAAGGAGAUUCUAGUGAGGAGAAGAUUGAAGCCAGUCAGGAUGAUGGAAAAGAUAAGGUUGUUAGCAACAAUAAGGAUGAAAUUCCUCAAACUCAAACAAAUUUUCCUGAAGACAAUGUUGAUGAGAACGUGCCUAAAAAUGGUACUGAGGAUGCUGAAGAAAGAGAUGAAGGCGAGGAAAAAGACAACCAAGUUGCUUAUGAGGUUGAAGGAAGGAAGGAAGAUACUGAUAAAUUUGUGAAUAAAAAUACCAAUGUCAAUGACAAUUUCAUUGACGAUGUUGGAGAUGUUGUUCAUAUUGUUGUUGAAGUUGAAACCUCUAAAAUGACUCAUAAAAGGUCCAAGAGGUCAGCUGAGAAGAAAAAGUUUGUUUUGAAUCCCAAAAAAUCUACCACCUCCAAGAAGUCAACUAUCUCAAGUAAAAAGAUAAUAAGUUCAAAUAAAAAGACAAAAGGGUUGAAGAAAAAGAAAUCCACUGAAAAGGGGAAUAAGACUACAAUAAAGAAAAAUGAUAAUUUAGAGAAGAAAAGUGUUGUAUUGAAAAGAAAGAAAUUUCCUGAAAAGGAAGUUGAAGAAGUGUUGCCGACAUGUCACAUGCCUGAUGAAAUUAUGGUACCUACUGUUAAAAGAAUUAAGAUAUUAGUAGGAAGAAAGAAGCUACCACAAAAUGUUCAUGUUGUUCCCUAG